UGGGGGCUUCUGUCAGUCUAUUUUGUAAACACGUGCAGGAAAAUGCCCAAUGUGAAAACAAAAGCUGAUAAAUCGCUAGGAAAAGCCCUUAUCAACGAUAGAUUUAAGAAGCGAGGGAAGAAGAAGACUGUGGACAAUGGGUCUAUGUUUCACACGACUGAAGUCAAGGAUGGUUAUGAUUGGGGUCGCUUGAAUUUGCAGUCCGUGACGGAGGAGUCGUCGUUUCAGGAUUUCCUGAGAACAGCUGAAUUAGCCGGGAAGGAAUUCCAGGCUGAGAAACUGAACAUUGCCUUUGUGAAUGUGAAGAAAGAUUUUGGGGUGCUCAGUGAGGCAGAACGACGGGAAGCUGAGCAGAAGCAUAGGGACAAGAAGAGUCUAUUGACCAUUCCCCGACGUCCAAAGUGGACAUCUGAGACGACACCUGAGGAACUUCAGCAACUGGAAAAUGAGAGUUUUCUCAAUUGGAGACGGUCGCUGGCUCUGCUGCAGGAAAAUGAGGAUUUGCAGAUGACUCCUUAUGAGAAGAAUUUGGAUUUCUGGCGUCAGCUGUGGCGUGUGAUUGAGAGAAGUGAUGUGAUUGUGCAAAUUGUCGAUGCUCGCAAUCCUCUGUUGUUCCGCAAUGAAGAUCUCGAGAAAUAUGUGAAGGAAGUGGGUCAGGAGAAAGGAAACAUGAUCCUUAUCAAUAAGUCGGACUUCCUCACUGACGAUCAACGCAGGAAAUGGGCUGAAUUUUUUGAUCAGCGAGAAAUUCGGGUGGUUUUCUUCUCAGCACUGCAAGCUAGAGAGUCUGCAGAUUUGGCGGAUGUUGAGGAAGAAGAAAACGAGGAAGAAGAGGUGGAAAGUAGUCCUGCAAAGGCUCUGAUGGAGAAGAUUGACAAAGUUGAGGAGGAAAUGACACAAUUGGAGGAAGAUCUGAGUAAAAUGCUGAAGCAGGAAGAAGUUUUGAAGGAGAAAGGAGGAAAUUCAUGGAAGAAAAACAAUCCAGAUAUCCUUUCUCCGGAGGAACUUAUUGAACUUUUCCAGCAUAUUCACCAGCAUCCCAAGAAAGUCACCGAAGGAAUAACCACAAUUGGCCUGGUAGGGUAUCCAAAUGUGGGCAAGAGUAGCACAAUCAAUGCACUUUUGACUGAGAAGAAAGUGUCCGUUUCUGCGACUCCGGGAAAGACUAAACACUUCCAGACACUCUUCCUGCAGAAGGAUCUAAUGCUGUGUGAUUGCCCAGGGCUAGUGAUGCCAAGUUUUGUGCUGACCAAGGCUGAGAUGAUACUCAAUGGGAUUCUGCCCAUUGAUCAGAUGAGAGAUCAUGUCUCACCAAUAAAUCAACUCUGUGUCUAUAUUCCGAGGCAUGUUCUUGAAGACAGAUACGGAAUUAUGAUUCCCAAGCCGACAGGAAUGGAUGAUCCGGACAGAGCACCACAUUCGGAAGAAUUGCUUCUGGCCUAUGGAUACAAUCGGGGCUUUAUGACGGCCAAUGGGCAGCCUGAUCAGGCCAAGGGGGCUCGCUACAUUCUCAAGGAUUUUGUCAAUGGGAAGCUCCUGUAUGCCUAUGCGCCGCCUGGUCACGUCCAAGAGGAAUUCCAUACAUUUCCGGAGCGACAGCGCACCGAGAGAACUCAUAUUCCUCCCCAGGAAAAACGAGCUACACGUCUUCCGGGGACGGCAAUGACGGAGGAAGAAUUCGAUGCAAUCUACUUCAGUAACAGUUCUGCUGAAGCAUAUGCCAAGGGACGCAAGACUAUGCCGCAUAUUCGUCCCUUGAGUGCUUCCAGUUCGACUCAGAGCCUGGACAGUGUCCACAUGGCGGGGAAAUCAUGGAAGGGCGGGAAGAAGGAAAAGAGAGUGAAGCUAAGGAAGCAAUAUGCUCAUCUAGAUCAGCAUUAGAAGAACCAUCCGGAAACGCACGAGAUUUUGUAAAUAAUUUAAUAUAGCACAAAAUUUUCAUGGGUUUA